UUCUUUUUGGUGCACGGAAAGGUGUUAAUUCAAGAAAUUUGGGCGUCCGGGUCUGAAUGGGAUCAACCUAUAAACAAUGAGCUUAGUGAACGUUGGCAUAGAUGGAUUGCAAUGUUCAGCCAGCUAAAACAGUUGCAGAUUCCCCGGAGCUAUUUUACUUCGCCAAUUCCAAAUGAUUUGAAUAGCUUACAAAUUCAUAUAUUUGUUGAUGCUAGCGAAGCGGCUUACUCAUGUGUCGGGUAUUUCCGUUUGGUGGCCGAAGCAAGUGUGCAAGUCGCUUUGAUCGGGGCCAAAACAAAGGUAGCCCCCUUAAAAACCUUAUCAAUCCCCCGGCUUGAACUCAAAGCGGCUGUUCUUGGCGCUCGGUACAUGGAAUCAGUGCAGACAAACCACUCGUUUCCUAUAGCGCAGAAAUUUUAUUGGAGUGAUUCUAGCACUGUACUAGCGUGGAUCAGAUCGGACCACAGACGGUACAACAAGUUUGUGGAGCUGCGAAUUGGAGAGAUCCUGACACUGAGCGAUCCAUCGGAGUGGAAAUGGAUACCAUCUAAAACCAACGUAGCGGACCUUGCAACGAAGUGGAACAAAGGUCUCAGUUUCCAACCUGGUAGCGAAUGGUUCCGAGGGCCAAACUUCCUGUACGAGCCUGAAAUAACGUGGCCACAACAACUUCCGCCUUCCACAACACAAGAAGAGAUGAAACGUUGCCACACUCAUUGGACUCCUACUCCGCUGAUAGAAACGAGUAGAUUCAGUAGCUGGACUAGACUGCACCGAACUAUGGCCUACGUUCUCCGCUUCAUAGAUAACCUACGUCACAGGAGGAAUCGCCAUCCAUCUAUUGCAGGCGUGCUGCAACAAGAAGAGUUGAAAAGAUCGGAGCAACAAUUAUGGAAAAUGGCACAAGUAGAAGCUUUCCCGAAAGAAGUUGAAGUUCUCUCCAAGGCUCGUGGACCUCCAGAAGCGCGUCACCCAACUGUGGCGAAAACAAGCUCCAUCUAUAAAAAUUGGCCUUUCAUUGACGAGGAUGGUGUACUUCGUAUGCGUGGCAGGUCGGGAUCUGCCUUCUAUGCUCCCGCUGAAGCCCGAUUUCCCACAAUUCUCCCAAGACAGCAUCACAUCACUACAUUAAUCAUUGAUUGGUACCACGGCCAUUACCAACACGCCAAUCGGGAGACAGUAGUGAAUGAAAUUCGCCAACGAUUUGAAAUUCCUAAACUUCGUGCGCUUGUUGGUAAGGUUGUUAGAAAUUGUGCUAAAUGUCGCGUAGCGAAGGCCAUGCCGAACUAUCCUCCUAUGGCAUCUCUCCCAGAGGCUCGGUUGUCGACGUUUGUACGGCCGUUCACAUUUGUAGGGCUUGAUUACUUUGGGCCAAUCCUAGUUCGCGUUGGCAGAAGUGUUGCGAAGCGCUGGAUAGCACUUUUUACAUGCUUAUCCAUUCGUGCCAUACAUUUAGAAGUUGUACAUAGCGUUUCAACCGAAUCUUGCAUUAUGGCAGUUCGACGUUUUAUAGCACGACGUGGGCCACCUGUGGAAAUAUACUCCGAUAAUGCUACGUGCUUUCAGGGAGCAAGUAAUGAGUUGCAGAAGGAAAUAAAUGAGACGCUAGCGUUGACCUUCACCAGCACAAACACCGCUUGGAAAUUCAUACCGCCAGCAGCGCCCCAUAUGGGUGGCGUUUGGGAACGCCUGGUGCGUUCGGUUAAAGUCGCGAUUGCGUCGAUAAACGAGACAUGCCGGAAACCUGAUGACGAAACACUCGAAACAAUCAUCCUUGAUGCCGAGGCCAUGAUCAACGCAAGGCCUCUCACAUACGUGCCACUGGAAUCCGCAGAUAACGAAGCGAUAACUCCAAAUCAUUUCCUUCUGGGCAAUUCAACAGGUGUAAAGCUGGCACCAAUGGAACACCUUAGCAAGCCUUCAAUACUCCGGAGUAGUUGGAAGUUGGCACAACACAUUACGAAUCAGCUAUGGACUAGGUGGAUCAAGGAGUAUCUCCCCGUCAUAACCAGAAGGUGUAAGUGGUUCGAGGAAGUAAAAGAGUUGGUGGAAGGGGACUUAGUACUGAUUGUAGGAGGUUCUUCAAGACAUCAAUGGACUCGCGGACGAGUGGAAAAGGUGUUUUAUGGACGUGAUGGGAGAGUGCGUCAAGCACUGGUACGCACGUCCUCUGGUGUAUUACGAAGGCCAGCAGUGCGUCUAGCUAUUCUCGAUAUUGAAUGCAGUGGUAAACCCAGCGAUGAACGCAAAGACCUGGGGAAUCAUCAGCAGGAUUUACGGGAAGGGGGAUGUAACGGAGAAGCCCCUCGUCGCGUCGACGCCUCAAAAAAUACGCAUCGCUCCAACAAUUGAUCUGUCAACAUCGGUUGUCACUGUCAUGGUGACUGCCACGGAGCGACAGGAGGAUGACUUGAACAAAUUGUAGCAGAGAGAGCGAAAUCGUUUAAGCCACCCGGUGGAAAUAUUUUCUAGCUAUUCGAUCGUAAAUAAUCUAAACUUUAUCCUAAUUUGUUCUAACAAUAAGCAAAAUUCAGUGCAUUUGCAGAAUCAGAAUUCGCACUAAGAAAUAUGUAUGUGUCCUAUACUGAAUUGUUUAUUUAACGCUUGAACUCCUAAUAUUGAUCGAUUACAAUUUGCAGUUGCAGUUAGACCCUAAUCUAUCAGUGAAAUCGAACCUAAACACCUUUCCAAUAGAAUUAAUCAGGAAAGCUCUGAGGUUCUUGCUUGCUACAGCGUUCUUUGUGACACGAUCCAUAAAAGCGGUCCUGGAUCUCACCAAAAAUCUUAAAGCUACACCCACAAUCAAAGGUUUGCUUCAUUAAGAUUUGGUGAAACGUCACUCACAACAUCA